AUGAGUUUCACCUUAAGUCAUGUUCGCCAUUUUAGUAUGACUCAGAUUAUCAGGAAAGAAGCAACUAAGCCUGACAUCAAAAUACCUUCAUUUAGUGAAUCAGCCUCAAAAUUUGCUUCCGUUGAAGAGGAAUCAUUGAGAAUUAAAGUUUACAAGAAAGAUUCAAUGCGUGAUAUAUUAGAAGCAGAUAUUGAUCAUAACAUUAUUCCAGAACUUCGAGAUUAUAUCCUCGCGGAAAUUAAAGAUAGUGAAUAUGUAAAAUGUUUCAGUUUUGAAAAAGAUGUAGAUGAAUUUGUGUUAUUUUUGUGUGAUCAAGAGAAUUUUGAUGAUGGAGUGGAUUUAAACUUGGGACCAUGCACUUUAGAAUUAGAACUUAACAAAAAAGAAAUUGCAGCAUAUGCCGAUAUAAAAGGCAGAAGAGGCGCUGAAAUAGUAUGGGUGUUGUCAGCUCAAUGGAAUUAUUUCAUGUUGGACAAAGUAUAUCCAGCAAAAAUUGUGGGUAUUAGAGUAAUUGGAGGCAAGUUUUGUUUUUAUUCACCUAAUAUCAAUCAAUCUUACCUCGAAGGUCUGCUGAGAGGUCUUUCCCGAAAUGAUUUACAUGUUCACAAAUAUCCCAAAGGAUAUGGAUUUUGUAUUUCAAAUGCUAAUGAAAGACGAGAGGUGCUUGCAUGUUUAUCUGAUCUCAAACAUUAUGCAUUAAGUCUUUCACCAAGGUUGGAUAAAUAUUCUGAAAAGAAUUUAAUGUGGCUAGCUCUUUUUGACG